ACGCCCUUAAUUUUCUAGUCUAUCUAGCCGCGCUGUUCCUGACCACUUAGUAACAGCUGUUAUAUAUAUAUAUUUUUUUUAUUGACGUGUUGAGCACUUUAUUGAGUGUGCCGUACUGUUUUGUUAGUGCUUACUGGCAUGUAUGGACACCUUUGUACAACACACAGUUUUAUACCCCGGGCGAGCGUAACGUCGUAAAACGAUCUGUUUGUGUUUGCAUUGGAGAACUAUCGGGCAUUGUGAUUCACAAAAUGGGAUUCGUGUUCCCUUCGUGCAGACACGACAGACAAAUUGGCUCUGAUCUAAGAACCGUCUUAGCAACACGGAUUAAGUUUUUACGCACGGGAUGAUAACAGUGGCAUUGGUUUAAAACAGUUGGUUCUGGCUGUAAAAUAAAUCGACAAGUAGAUGGCAACUCAGAAAUCGCCCAUCGCCAAAUCGCCCACCGGCAAACAGACCGACGCCAAGGCAUCAAAAGGAGCAAAAGUCAAAACUGGCGCGAAAAUUACAGACGAGACAGACGAGGUUCAAAAGGCAAGGGCUGACGCCUUAAAAUUGGCAGACGAUUUGACGCCAGACGAAUCAUUCUUGGCAGUAUCACCAGAAGAACAUGAAUCAUGGGAAAAAAUGAUGGAAACAAGAAAAAAUGAAAUUGCUCAACGACAGGAAGAAUUUGAAAAAUGGCUGGACAAUAUGACAAAAAGAAGAAUGUUCGCGUAUUCCAAACUGAAAAAGAUAGAAAAAAUCUCCAGAGAAAGGACGCAGUACUACGAAGAGAUGAGGAAACACUUGCAUAAAGCAAUGUCUAGUCAUACGGUGACGUCUAAAAGCUAAAUCUGUGAUGUUAGUUAAUUAAUAUUCAACGAAGCUAGUCUAGCCUACUGAAAUAAGACAAAUGAUUAGUCAUGGCCGGAGCGAAUUACUGACCUUCCAGGCAACCAACAUUUUAAUAAUACUAAUGCGAAGUUUUAAUGAACAUCAACUUAUCAACAGUCACUAGAUGACGAAUAUCUGCAGGCUUGUCAGCCUAGACCAUUACAUAUAGUCUAGCCUCGUCAUUGAUAAUAGUUUAAUGUUCAAGAGAUGGUGGUCGUGACUGAUGCAAUUAUUCGAUGGAAAUGUACGUUCAGGACCUGAUUCAAGUUACGAUGGGUGUUUCUCAUGAUGGCAGCGCUAAAAGAUCUACGGAGAUAACAAUAUCCUAUAGGUCAACCCCGACUCGUACCAAGAAUUCAAUGACAGUGUUUAUUUCGUAGAAAGCUAAUGCACUGGUCAAUAUCGUCAAAGGAUAUUUUAGGUUAAAAUAUUGGAACACUAUAUUGUUGUUAAAAAUGGAAACAGUACAGGAAUGAGUUUGAGGAAACCGUAAACAGUCAAAAGAGGAGACGUUUGACAAGUUAUGAAUUCAGGUGGUGCUGAAAUAUGAACCGCCCCCAACCUUUAGAAAUUUGACAUUGUCCAUUAUUUCAUAUGCUUUCAAAUAAAUUUGUAAAUAAAA